CGCGCAUCUGACUCGAGUUCAAACGGCAGCGCGGGGGGUCUCGAGUGGCGGAUGUGCAGAGAUUUGGGGGGUGGUUAGUUGAGGAUUUUUAUCUGUGGGCUGGGGUGCUGGACUGGCGAUCCGCGUUGAAGCUUGCAGAGGGCCAGGUGGGCCAGCUCGAGUAUGGAAGCAGCGGGGAAGGGGCGCGCCGGUGGCGGCGGAGCGGAGGGGUCUAAGCGCGCCAAGGGAGGUAGCGCUGGUACACCACGCAAGACUGGAGCAAAGUCUGGUGCCAAGGGUGAUGGUAGCAAAGCCACGAGUCGCUCCCCAGCAAAAAAAGGCGACAAGCGCCGAGAUGGCCCUCCGAAUAGGGGCAAGCGCCCACCUCCCCGCCCAGUGGCGCGCCCAGAGGACAUUUACAUUGGACGCAAUUCGCCCUUUGCAGCACAGCUGCAACGAGCUCGCCAGCUGCUCAUGAGCGGGGAGAGCCGUGUGGUCCUACAUGGCCUGAAUGCUGCCAUCAACCGCUGCAUCAAUUUGGCUCUGCAGCUACACCGUGAAUUCGGGGGCGAGAUGACCGUGGCCACGGAUACAGUCGCGCUCGUGGAUGAUCUCCCCCCGGAUGACCCGUUUGCCCUCCCCAAGACAGCUCAGCGACCUGUUUCUGCGGUUCACAUCACGCUAGUGCGCGGGCAACGUGCUGCCUGAACACCCCAAAGGCCUCUUUCUUUCUUCUUUUUCUUGUUUUUCUUGGUGGCUUUGGCUCCCCAUCGAGCCGUGUUCACCGCCGCCAACCGCGCUUCUGCCUCAAAGCGUGGACUCUUGGUUUCUGUUCACUUUUCUUUAUUCUUUCUUUGCCCUCCCACCUCUGGCUGUGCCACGAAUUCAUUGAUCCGGAAGGGGGCUGUGCCCCAGUCCCGGUCCAAUC